UCCGCAUUAAACGCUCUCUAUCUCUAUUUGUUUUUCUUUCUAGAUCAGUUACCUAUGAAGGCUUUUGGUGAUUGAAUCAUAAUCUGAAGCAUUGAGAGAUCUAGAUUGAAAGAGAGAGAGUUGAAAAUGGAGAAGUCUUGCACAUUGUUGGUCCAUUUUGACAAAGGAACACCGGCACUCGCGAACGAGAUCAAGGAAGCAUUGGAAGGGAAUGAUGUUUACGCAAAGAUCGACGCUUUGAAGAAAGCAAUCAUGCUUUUGUUGAAUGGCGAAACCAUGCCGCAGUUGUUUAUCACCAUUGUUCGGUACGUUCUUCCUUCCGAAGACCAUACGAUUCAGAAACUAUUGCUUUUGUAUUUUGAAAUUAUUGAAAAAACUGAUUCGAAAGGGAGAGUCUUGCAAGAAAUGAUUUUGAUUUGUCAAAACCUGUUGAACAAUCUAAAUCACCCUAACGAGUACAUCAGAGGGGUCACACUUCGGUUUCUUUGUCGGUUGAAAGAAACCGAGGUUAUUGAGCCUUUGAUCCCAACCGUUUUAACGAAUUUAGAGCAUCGCCAUCCGUUUGUUCGAAGGAAUGCGAUUUUAGCUGUGAUGUCAAUAUAUAAGCUUCCCCAAGGGGAACAGUUGUUGGAUAAUGCACCUGAUUUGAUUGAGAAGGUUCUUUUGACUGAACAAGAUCAGUCAGCAAAGCGAAAUGCAUUCCUUAUGUUGUUCAAUUCUGCACAAGAUAGGGCGGUUAAUUACCUUUUCACCCAUGUCGAUAGAAUUAUCGAUUGGAAUGAACAGCUUCAGAUGGUGGUGUUGGAGUUGAUUCGUAAGGUUUGCAGAGCAAACAGGGGAGAGAAGGGGAAGUACAUAAAGAUCAUCAUAUCGUUGCUUAAUGCCCCGUCAGCAGCAGUAAUUUAUGAAUGUGCUGGGACUCUUGUUUCUUUAUCCUCGGCUCCUACGGCAAUCAGGGCUGCUGCGAAUACUUAUUGCCAGCUUUUAGUGUCACAAAGUGACAACAAUGUUAAGCUUAUUGUGCUUGACCGGCUCAACGAGCUUAAAUCUUCACAUAGAGAGAUUAUGGUUGAUAUGAUAAUGGAUGUUCUUAGGGCACUUUCAAGCCCAAAUCUUGAUAUUCGUAGGAAAACUAUUGACAUUGCUCUGGAGUUGAUAACUCCUAGGAACAUUGAUGAAGUUGUUCUUGUGCUAAAGAAAGAAGUUAUGAAGACUCAGAGUGCAGAUCAAGAGAAAAAUGGGGAGUAUAGGCAAAUGCUUGUGCAAGCUAUUCAUUCUUGUGCAAUCAAAUUUCCGGAGGUGGCAAGCACAGUUGUGCAUCUUCUGAUGGAUUUCUUGGGAGAUAGCAAUGUUGCCUCGGCUAUUGAUGUGGUUGUCUUUGUGCGGGAGAUAAUUGAAACAAACCCAAAAUUGAGGAUGUCUAUAGUAACUAGGCUUUUGGACACCUUCUAUCAAAUCCGGGCUGCACGGGUGUGUUCUUGUUCUCUUUGGAUCAUUGGUGAGUACUGCCUUUCACUUUCCGAAGUUGAGAGUGGGAUUGUGACUAUUAAGCAGUGCCUUGGGGACCUCCCCUUCUACACCCCUCCAGUGGAAGGGGAUGGUCAGGAUACUUUGAAGAAUUCUCAGCAAGCAAACUCCAUCACAGUAUCUUCUAGAAGGCCUGCAAUUCUUGCGGAUGGGACCUAUGCUACCCAGAGUGCUGCCUUGGAAACUGCCAUGUCACCUCCAUCACUUGUUCAAGGAUCAUUGGUAUCUAUUGGAAACUUGAGAUCACUGAUUCUUGCCGGUGAUUUUUUCCUUGGUGCAGUUGUGGCAUGCUCACUGACAAAACUUGUUUUGAGAUUGGAAGAGGUUCAGCCAUCUAAAGCUGAAGUGAAUAAAGCAACUACCCAGGCCUUAUUGGUUAUGGUCUCUAUGCUACAACUGGGACAAUCGUCAUUUCUUCCACACCCAAUUGACAGUGAUUCUUAUGAUAGGAUUGUCCUAUGCAUCAGAUUGCUUUGUGGUACUGGUGAUGAGGUAAGGAAGAUAUGGUUGCAAUCUUGCCGACAGAGUUUUGUAAAAAUGCUCGCGGAUAAGCAGUUUCGUGAAACAGAGGAAAUGAAAGCGAAGGCUCAGAUAUGUCAUGCCCAGCCCGAUGACCUUAUUGAUUUCUACCAUUUGAAGAGCAGGAAGGGUAUGAGCCAGCUCGAGUUGGAAGAUGAGGUGCAGGAUGAUCUAAAACGUGCCACUGGAGAGUUCAUAAAUGACAGUGAUGAUGCAAAUAAACUUAAUCGCAUUCUUCAGCUCACAGGAUUCAGUGAUCCUGUCUAUGCCGAAGCAUAUGUUACAGUUCAUCAUUAUGACAUUGUCCUAGAUGUUACUGUCAUCAACCGCACCAAGGAGACCCUCCAAAAUUUAUGCUUGGAGUUGGCAACCAUGGGUGAUCUCAAACUUGUGGAGCGUCCACAAAACUACACUCUAGCACCAGAAACAAGCAAGCAGAUAAGGGCCAAUAUUAAGGUUUCUUCAACUGAAACAGGAGUUAUAUUUGGGAAUAUUGUCUAUGAGACUUCAAAUGUGUUCGAGCGAAAUGUUGUUGUCCUCAAUGACAUUCACAUUGAUAUAAUGGAUUACAUUUCUCCUGCAACUUGUGCCGAUGUGGCAUUUAGAACUAUGUGGGCUGAAUUUGAGUGGGAAAACAAGGUUGCGGUAAACACUGUUAUUCAAGCUGAGAAGGAAUUUCUGAACCAUAUCAUCAAGUCGACAAAUAUGAAGUGCCUAACUCCACUGUCGGCACUGGAAGGCGAGUGCGGAUUCCUGGCUGCUAACCUGUACGCGAAAAGUAUAUUUGGGGAGGAUGCUUUGGUAAAUGUGAGCAUUGAGAAACAAGCAGAUGGAAAGCUGAGUGGGUACAUCAGAAUAAGGAGCAAGACUCAAGGAAUUGCUCUUAGCCUGGGGGACAAGAUCACUCUCAAACAGAAGGGAGGCUCUUGAAUUGAGUCUAGGCAUCAUAGUUUUUUUCUACCUUUCUUCCUCUUUGACAUUAUUUACUCCAUGUUGGUACCAAUUAGAGGUACAAUUUUUUCCAUUUUUUCACCCCAUUCUGUGUCUAAAUUUUCGCUUUUGGACUAAAAUGAAAGGGGUGCUCUACUUGAUUGUAUCUCGGAAACAGAUGACAUUCAUUUUGUUAUUCUGCAAAUUUAUAGUUUCUUUCCUCUUCA